CCCGCGCCCACCCUCACCUCCACCACCACAGCACCUGCACACACGACCUCAGCUUCAGCUCAUCUCGAUCCAUCUCGCGUUCCCGGCCAUCUCCAACCAACGCCAGCCAUGCCGGCGAGCGGCUCGACGCAGGCGCUGGCGCACCGGGGCGGCGGCGGGGACCCAGCGGCAGCGGAGCACCCGCACUGCCUCCACCACCUGCUGGAGAGCGUGGCGCCGCUGCGCGUGGCCGCCGAGGGCGCGGGCGCGACCGCGCCGGAGGCGGACAGGCGGCUGACGCGGCUGCUGGUGAACGUGACGGUGGACCGGAGCCUGUGGCCCGUGCACCUGGUGCUGAGCGCCGACGCCACCGUGGCCGACCUCGUGCGCGCCGCCGUCGCGGCCUACGUCCGCGAGGGCCGCCGCCCGCCGAUCCACCAGCACCCCGGGGGCGCGGCGGACGGCGGCGACGCGGCCGACGGGUUCGAGCUGCAUUUCUCCAAGUACUCCCUCGAGAGUUUGAGGCCCGAGGAGAAGGUGCUGGAUCUGGGGUCUCGCAACUUCUUCCUCUGCGCCCGGAGAUCCGCAGCCUCUGCUUGAGCUUCUGAUUCCAUCGAGCACAUGCGUCGCCGCCGUUGUAAACUAGUAGCAGUAACGUCAAGUCGAUCUUGAUCAGCAGGUCGAGGCACCUUCAUUUGCCUUCUGAAACUAAACUUUGUAGAGAACGGGUGGACAUGUUGUUCUCAUGUGAGUUGUUGUGCUCAAGCUA